AUGCCUACAGAUGUGGUAAAUGCUGACGUAGACCGGCAGGCACGAAUGACAAUGUGCUUGUUGUUAGAGCCAGAGUGCUUUACCAACGUCUAUAAUAAUAAUAAAAAGAAGCUAGGAGCAGCUUACAAAAAGCGUAUGAAGACAAAGGUUUUACAUAUUCAGCGAGAGAUUUUCAAUUGUAUGUUAGAGAAUUACGUUUGUAUAGAAAGCUACAUAUCUAAAAUUACAUUCCUAACACAACAAUUGUCCGAUAUUGAUGCUCAAAUCCCUGUUGAUUGGAUCAUAUCGAUUUUGCUGGGUGGAUUGACCACUGAGUACAGCCUCAUCAUGGGUGUAAAACCAAUGGGAAAAUAA